AUGGCCUUGCUGCUCAGUCUCCUAGGGACAGUGGCCUUGGGACAGGAUUAUUCUACAUGGAAGGAUUGCAACUCAGUUGUCUCCAAUUACAUUCCUUGCUGCAAUCGCCUGCGAUUGGAAGCUCAGUUGGCUUGCCUUGAGUACUCCAACUUCGGCUUUACCGAGCGUACUUGCCUGCCUUGGCUUGAGGCAAUCGAAACCCACUGCCUUUUGGUGUGUGGAGACUGCUGGGAACUUGGCAGACGACUACGGCAAGAAUGUCAAUUUCAGCUUCAGGUUCUGAAUGAGCCAGAGACAACGAGGGUUUGGUGCAAUGACACCCUGAAUGAUUUUGUGGCGUUGCGCUGUACGCCCGCAUGUUUGGUAAAUGAGACUGAAUGUGCGACACAGAAGGCAGAGGAUUGCAUGAAGAAAUGUGGCAAUUACAACACCUGCCAGUGUCGCGGGUACAAAGGAAGUUUGCUUGAACCAACCUGUGGUGGUGUUACCUUCAGUGAUGGUGCGGUGGACCCGAGGCCAGAUCUCUACUAUGACUGCGCUUUGACUCCAGCCGACUGCAAGCACACCAGCUAUGAUGUGGAGUGCAACAGAUAUCGGUCCAGUGCGAUCCGAGACAUCAAUGCGAGGCCGGCUCAUGCAUUGAAUGCAUUGAUGGAAGCGGAGAGAAGAAUCGAUCCAGAAGAUGGCCAGGCAGCUCGCUCAGCUGUUGGAUCAGCACAUUGCCGCACCUCUGUGCAGAAAAUGACUAGAGCCCGGACCUUCGAUGAGCUUGUACAGCACUACAAGUCUGUCUAUACCUUUCACGAGGUGCAGCAGUACUGGGACAACCGGUGUCGUCAAGAUAUACCAACAGACCCCUUCCUUACAUCCCUACAACAGCCUGGGCCAGAAUUCAAGCUGCGACCAGACCACGAGCCUCCGACGGAGCCAGCUUCACAGGUUAACCUUGGGCCAGUGAAGCUCUCUGAAGAUCCAUUUCUGGCUGCAAGCUUCACUCAGCAGGCCAAACAUCCACCUGCACUGCACCAAGUCAAUCAACCAGAGGUGGGCACGAAGGAUUCUCAGCAUUGGUCUGAGACAAUUUCAACUUGCUUGGGGGCUGGAGAUGUAAACAGACAGCCUCGAGCGCGCACUACCUUGAUCAUGGUCCCAAUUUUUCUCUUCAUUUGGGAAUUGCUGGUUUGGAGUCUGGUUUCCCAUAUUUCAAGAAAUGGCUGCUGGCUGAUAACGAUCACCCUUUUCAUCGUCUCUGCGGCGGCCAUUGGUAUGUGGUUCCAAGGCAUCCGUUGGGGACCAGUGUCAUUAGCGGCACUAGGUGUGUUGUGCAUGCUUGCCAUUGCUGGAGGAACUGCUCUCGGUCAACGAGGCUGGGACCAGUUGUGGAGACAAUUCUUCUGGAUGAAUACAGGGAACCAGCUUGUUCCGACUUUCGCUGGUACUGCUGCCGCAGCUCGCUCUGAUGCUGCAACGUUGACCUUCGGAAGUGCUGCAGGAAGUUUAGACCAUUCAUCCGUGGAUGCGAGCCGUUCAGUUGGCUUCAAGGACACGAACCUUUUCUGUGUUGCGCCCGUUCUGAGCCCUGAUACAGCUGGAGCAGACUUCCCCAGAGUCAAUUUCUGGGCAGUUGGAAUGGACUGCUGUACAAAGUCUGGAGUUUUCGAUUGCGACGCAUCCAGAGACUAUGAUGCGAUGCAAGCUGUAGUGCAGCUUGGAGGUGGCUAUCCUUGUCCAAGCUGUAACGUCGAGACAUUCCAGAAGGCAAUUGCAAAAGCUGAAGCGACUUAUGGUUUGGUCUUCACCUCAGACAUCUUCAGUGACUGCAGUAAGGUUUAUGCCUUCCACGCGUCACAUAUCGUGUGUUUCUAUCAGAACCGCGAUGACGGCUAUCCUUGCAACGAUGAUAUCUUUUACACUCUCAACGAUUCAUGUCAAGACGGUGCCUGCGUUGGAAUUCCAGACUAUUGUUUGGGGUACAAUGUUUCAUGCAUCCCACUGAAUCCAUGCUUGGUGGAUGGUGCGUGCAACCCUUCAACAGGACGAUGCACAUAUAGCCAGCUGCCAGAUGAGACCCCGUGUGAUGAUGGUAGAAUGUACACAGUUCAGGACAUGUGCCAAAAUGGACUUUGCGUAGGUCGCCCACAGGAUCUGUGCGAACAGUUUGGUGUCGUAUGCGAGGCCCCAAACUGGUGCUAUGAUCCAGGAGUGUGUGAUCCGAAGACUGGGACUUGCAGCGAAGCUACUCUGGCUCCUGGCUUCAGAACCUGCAACGAUCAAGACCGGACCACAUACAACGAUACGUGCAUUGAAGGUGUUUGCAUGGGCAUCCUGGACACAGGCUACAAGUAUCAAACAAUGGGGGCUGGGGAAUGUGUUGACCGUCAAGAUCGGCGCAUGGCUCGGUACACCGGAGAUGUAAAGGAGCAGUCCGAGUGCGAGGCGAUUUGCACAGGUGAUCCACAGUGCGCUGGUUAUGCAUACAACUACCCCUUGUGUAGUAUCUACGGGACUGUGAGAACCAAGUUACCGCUCGAGCGACAAGCUUGGUCUUUUCAGGCUGGCACUGAUCCUGUGGCUGUCAUCAUUGAAAAGGCUCUCGUGCUCUCAAAUGUGCAGCGGCGAUCUAUUUGCAGAAAGAAGGGUGUUGAGGGGGAUACAAUCGCAUCGCCUUCAGACCUAGAGGUAAGUGCAGAUGAGUUCUUCUCACCAGUCAGGAUUGGAAUCUUCUUCCUGCUUGUCCUCGCUUGCUUUUUUGCACUGCCGCUUACCGAUUACAUUUCGCGUUUGCUGAAAUGCAGGAAAGACCCACUUGAAGACCUGGCUGGACAGGUCCAGCAAGAUCCUGCUUACGUAGAUGGGGCCGACGCGCAAUGGAAUGACUAUGGAGACGACCAAUUGGAGUUGAAGGAUGGUUUCCAAGAUGAUUUGCGACGAGCCGGUGGACAGAAUCCUGAUGAGGACGCACUUGCUUUCCCUCCAGAUGAACAUUUGCCUGUUCCGCCAUGGCCUUACAUUGUAGCAUGUCGAUUAUGGCAGUAA